GUCUUUGGAGACAUCAGACUCAUUUCCCAAAUCCUAAUCAGAAGAGAUGGGGAUUUGAUCUAGCCUCUGGAGAAGAUCUCUGUAGGUAUAAUGUCUGAAGAGGUUAUGGUUUUGGGUAAGGGUAACAAAGGAAUCAGCAAGAAUUCCUCAGUCCAUCCAUAUGAAUCAGCUUGGUUAGGUCGUUGGACUCAGUCAGGUAGUGAAGUGAAGUUUCAUGAUCGUGAAGCCAAGUGCUCUAAGGAGUUGAUUAGGCCUGAAGAUAAUAAUAAUGUAAAAGAGAAUCAUGGUGUCGAGGUCUUGCCGUUUCCUAUGUUCAAGGUUUCUCAAAAGAGAGAGACUACUACUACUACUAAACCGUCUUUCCAUGACGAUGUUGGUUCAAGCUCGAAAGCUAUGGUUAAUAGAAUGCCAUGGAUGUAUCCGCAAGGAGAGAAUUUCAGUUCGAGUAACCGUCUUGAUUUCCCAAUUCAAGAAAAGACUACUCAAAACUUGCUAGAGUUGAUAAGACCGGUGAGGAUUUACGCAACGGUUGAUUCGGUUAACUUGCCUGAAGAAGAUGGUCAUCAGCUAUUGAAGGGGUCGACGGUUUCAAUGAAACUGAAAGGGAAGAUUUUUGGUGGGUAUCUUGAUCUAUUUCCUAAUCAAGAUCACUGCCAUAAUAAAGGAGGAGCAAGGCUGCAGUCUCUAGAAAGCUCAAAGGAUACCGAAGAAGAUGGGCCGAGAAAAAAUGAAUCAUCGGCAGAAACUGAUACCUUGGAAAUGGAUAGACUUCAGAGGAUACAUCUUUCCGGCUCCAUUUCUUCGUCAUCAACUAAGGGGAAAGGAAUAAAAGGUGGUUCAGCCAUUCCCAGGACUGAAAUACCCGACAUGAAUGAAGAACCACCUUUGGUUCCGGAUAGAGAGAAUUCAAUAGAUGGACAUCAGGGAGAAACAAGCAACUCGGCUACUCAAAGUAUGAAUGUGGAACACUUUCUGUCCAGAGAUUGCAAACGUGUGAGGUUGGAACCAGAAGUAGAAGCCAGCAGUAGAUGGGUCAAGCGUCUGAAAACAAGCGCCUCGGACUCCAGCAGACAUGAUGAAACCAAGAGUCUGAAUAUUAAAGAAGCAUCACUGGGACAAAAAGGGAACAAUAACCUAUUCCUUGAAAUCUUGAAGUCCGGAAUCAACAAUCUCCAACCAAGAAAUCAAGAACCCGUCGUUUCACAAAGCAAUGAUCUGAAACAGGGAGGAGAUGACAUUACACUUCUGCAUCCAUGGAUCCAGAGAUGGUGCAAGAAGAAAUCUACAUCAACAGAUCAACCAGGAGAGCCAGAGAGCCAAAAGGAGGUCGAGAAGAAACAGUAUCCGAGUAUUGCAGCCAUGGCAUUGAUGGGGAAGGCUCUAAGCGGAUUAAACCCGUAUGGUCUUAGAAAAACCAACUCUCUGAUGGUCUGGAAUGCAAGGGAUUUGAGGUAGGAAAACAAAACCAUCAUCCUCAUCUUCCCUUGUUUAUCAUUACAACCGUAAAGUCAAGAACUAGAUAGCAAGCUUGCUACAAUCAAAUUCGUGUAAGAUUUUGACAGGUUCUACGUUAUAAGUCAGUCUGACUAUUCUUAUAAUAGUUUCACUAUAUGUAUGAAUACCUUGUUUGCAUUAUAAAUCUUCACUGUUAAU